GUCUGCUGGCACUCCCUAUUGCAAACAUUAAUCUCAACAGCACUCGUCUCCAUCCAUAUCUAAUCACCUCAAACAUCGCUCCAUUAAUAUCAGACCUUCAUAUAAAUAUUACAUCAGCAGUAUCAAUCGGUAUAUGUCCAGCGCAUAUUCGCUAUGGAGGAGCAGAACGGAAGCGGAUUAGCGAUGUCAUGGAAACAGAUGCUUGAAUAGCAUCCCAUCCCACCGACAGUUUGAAGAGGUGACGAUUCUCAGUACCCACCCCCUGUGAAAAGACAGUUGUGGCAUCAUCAUGAACUUCUCACCCAUCCUGUCACUUGUGUCCCUCCUCUGUGUUAGAAUAUCGGGACAAUGCUGGCAGGCGGCAACCUACUCGGAGAGUAUGGUGACUCCAGAGCUGAGGAGCAGCAGCAUUUUGCGGGUUCCAGAGGUGUCAUCUUUAAACCAGUGUGCGGGGGCCUGCUGUGAUCUCCCGGGCUGUGACCUGGCCUGGUUUUUUGAGCGCCGCUGCUAUGUGCUCAGUUGUCAGCACAAAGAGAAUUGCCAGCCAAAGCAGAGACCUGGCACUGACUCUCUCCUUGCCUUCCUGCAACGUGGGCCCCCACAAACAUUGGUUCUGCAGUCCCUAGUACGAGAUGAGUCUAAUCCUAACCACUGGCAACCUUUGCCCAGACAUAGGGGCUCAGAAGACCCCAUGAAGGACCUUGCAUUCUUGGAAGGCAUUCAAGAUUUGGACAACACUGAUGCUGAGUAUACUGAGAGCCUUAGAAAUUUGGAAGACAAAAGAGUUGAUAGUGUUGACCGGGAUGACGCAACAGCAGAACAUGAAGAGGGCCCAGGACUAUAUGACUGGCCACUUGUCCAAGGAAAAGAGGAAUUUAACCAGACAGAGACAGAAAAAGUUGGGGGAAGACUGACAACGCUGCAGGACCCUCUUGAAAGUAGCUCCCUUCCUCCAAGUCGCUUCCCAGAAAUUAAAAAUGAAAGUGAAUCAUCUCUAUUUGAAGCUGUACCUGUUAUUACACCCCCAGCAACCACUGUACUUGACAAAACGGUGGAGGAAGACCCACAGAACAUUUUAUCCGCAAGCAUUGAGCCAAACAUCUUACAAGACGUCAACUCGGAGCCCUCGACGUUUAACACAGUCAGUAGUUCCUUCACUACUCAAGCCAACAUUGAGGCCACACCACAAACGAUCUCAGAUGAGCCAGUAAGAACCCUGAUUGUGUCCAACAGAGACCCCAUGGAUGUAACACUGCCUCAAAAUACUAUUGAACUAACUGCUUCGGUUAUUCCAGAAGACACUGCAGAGGCUCCUUACACAUAUGAGUGGACUUUCACCACACCAGAUGGACACCGUGGAGUGAUGGAGGGGCAGCACAACAAGUCCGUCAAACUUUCAGAAAUGUCCGUGGGUGUCUAUGCUGUCAGAGUAACUGUGAAAGGGAAACAGGUGUUUGGAGAAAGUGAACUGAAUGUCACAGUGUACCCUGCAGUGAAUGUAAACAUGCCUCCUAAAGCUGUCACUCUGCCUAAGAGCCAAGAUGUGCUUCUCCGAGCAGACUCAAUUAUCAUCAUUAACGGCAGUCAGAGCUCAGAUGAUGCUGGAAUAGUCAGUUACCUGUGGGAAAAGGUGGAUGGACCUCUUUGGAAAUCUGAAGGCCCAGUUGAUACACCUGUUCUGCAGCUACAGAACCUUUUGUCAGGAGAAUACACAUUCAUACUGACAGUGUCUGAUUCUGAUGGGCUAACUGACUCCAGCAAUGCCACCAUAAGGGUCAGCAGUCCAAAGGAUGACCCUCCUCAGGCCAGAGCAGGCACAGAUCAGAUCAUCAACCUGCCUCUUAACCAUCUCAUCUUGUGGGGCAACCAAAGCACAGAUGACCAUGCCACUAUAAGCUACCUCUGGAGUCUCCAUCCCAGCAGCCUGAACCAAGAGGUGACCAUGCAGGACAUAAGGUCACCAUCCCUGCAGCUCUCUGAUCUCCAGGAGGGUCGGUACACUUUUCAACUGAUGGUGACUGACUCCAGUGGUCAACAGGACUCAGAUACUGUCUCAGUUACUGUGCUGCCUGCAAACAGAGCACCAAUUGCCAUAACAGGACCAGACAGGCAGCUCAUCCUCCCAGUCACCAGCAUUACAUUGAAUGGCAGUGACAGCACUGAUGAUCAAGCCAUCAGCAGCUACCAAUGGGACAUUCUUAGUGGCCCUCCAGGCUCAAAGAUAAAGGAUGCCACCAAACCAGAUGCCAUAGUUACGGGCCUAAGAGCUGGUAGUUACAAGUUCAAGCUGACUGUGAAAGAUCAGCUGGGAGCAACAGACAGCGCAGUCUUGACCGUCACUGUUAAAGAAGCCAAAAGCCUGCCACUGAUUGCCCAUGCCAGCGGCAGCCAUACACUCACACUUCCCAACAACUCACUGGUUCUCAGGGGCUCAGUGUCUAACAGCGGAGCCACAAAUGUGUCCUUUAUUUGGGGUAGAGAUGAACAGAGCCCUGCUGCAGGGGAUAUUCUAUAUGGAUCAGAUCAUGGGGCCUUCCUUUACCUAGCCAACCUAGUGGAAGGAACUUACCUGUUCCAGCUCCGGGUCACUGAUGCCCAGGGCCGGUCAAGCACAGCAAUGGCCACUGUGGAAGUGUGCCCUGAUCCACGUGAGCAGGAGGAGGUGGAGCUUGAGCUGCAGGUGGGUGUGGCUCAGGUCAGUCAGCAGCAGAAGGACACCGUGGUGAGACAACUGGCGGCACUACUGCACGUUCUGGACUCCGACAUUGCACUGAAGGGGCUGCAUGGCCAGUCGGACAUCAGCACAGUUUUUAGGUUCUCAGUGCACGGUCCUGAUGGGACGAUCCCAGGCCCUAAGCUCGCCCGUCUCCUGAGAAACCAGCUGUUGAGUGAGAAAACUGACUUCUUGCUUUUUAAGGUCCUACGAGUGGACACAGUCAUGUGUUUACUGCUCUGCUCUCAACAUGGUCAGUGUGACCCAAUUACCAAGAGCUGUUCCUGUGACCCUCUCUGGAUGGAGAACCCAAUUAUGCGUUUCUUUGAAGAUGGCGAGAGCAACUGUGACUGGAGCGUGCUGUAUGUCACAAUCUCUUGUUUCGUGACAAUCAUUUUCCUCUUGUCCAUCAGCUGGGCUUGCAUCUGCUGCUGUAAAAGAGGGAGACGCACAAAGGUAAGGAAGAAAACCAAGUACACAAUUCUGGACAACAUGGACGAGCAGGAAAGAAUGGAGCUUAGGCCAAAGUACAACAUUAAACACAGGAGCACAGCACACAACUCCAGCCUCAUGAUGUCAGAAUCAGAGUUGGACAGUGAGCAGGAAAAUAUUUUUCACAACGGGAGAACAGACAAAGCCAGAAACAGAGCCAAUGGAGCGGUCAGAAAUGGAGACACUCUCAGCCUUUGUCCUGUGGAGGGUUGAGUUCCAGAUAGGCACAUGGACAUUUUGUUUAUGGUGGACAUUGUAGAAUAUCCCACAAAUGCAGAUGUGACAGUUUACAAAGACUGGCUUAAUGAAUUGGCUGCCAAACUGACUGACUACUGAAUCAAAUUGGUAUUAUGAAUAAUCACUGGCAAUGCCAUAUUCCAUUUGAAUAUUAGAAGGCAUGUGCAUAAAACUCACAAAAAUGCAAUGUCCCUCAAUAUGUGCUUAAUACUCCUUGUAUGUUAAGUGAUGCAAUGCAAGCAAUUUACUGUAUUUAUUUUUGUUUUCAAUGUGAUGCUUCAAAUAAAUUUUUUUAGGAGAUAAAUGGUAAAUAAUGGAUGCAUAGAAAGCUAAAUCAAAAAGCAAGCCACAAUCUCUUAUUUAUGACAGAAUUUUAAUGUGCCUGAUUCACAGCCAUUGUUUUCUGUCUUGAUGUGUUGGUAUUGUCGAAGAUGAUGUGUAAAUCUAGUCAUAAAUGCAUUUAAGAUGUGUCUUUUUAGUGUUCUGGUUUUACAGCCUAAAAACAUCUGCUU